AAUGAAGCUGUUCGUUACGCUUACACGUCCAUGCACAAUUUAAUAAAAUUAUUGAUUCAUGCAUGGGUGGAGUAACGCUUUAGCUGUAAGCCUGGCAGGUGGAGCCUUUUUUCUUUUUUUUUUUCUGAGGCACAUUAAUAACGUGGCACUGUCGUGCACUCCGUACAAUAGUACAGCGAGCACUUCCAACCUUCGCAAUUAUGUCAGGCCGGCACGAUACCGCCGCGGGCAUCGCUCGCGUUUACCGAGGGUCGUUCGUUCAUUCCACACGGGACGCAGCUUUGGAAAUCCUCAAUGAUUUUGUACUGGGAGUGGACAAGUCAGGAAAGAUCACCUUUAUAGAGGAAGGUAAAAAUGUGGACAGACUGGCACAGGAACAAGGCUUCAACACCGCCGAUGUCGAAAACCUUGGGCCAGGUGAGUUCUUCAUGCCGGGAAUGGUGGACACGCACAUCCAUGCAUCGCAGUACACCUACAUGGGCACUGCCCUGGACCUUCCCCUGCUGCAGUGGCUCAACACAUACACCUUCCCUGUGGAGUCGCGCUACCGGGACCUCAAAUUCGCCAGGGACGUCUACACCAAAGUGGUGAAAAGAACUCUACGCAAUGGGACCACAACUGCCUGUUACUUUGCUACUAUACACACAGAUGCUUCGUUACUGCUUGGUCAAAUUGCAGAUGAUCUCGGCCAGAGGGCUCUCGUGGGGAAGGUGUGCAUGGACAUCAACCCGAUGGUCCCGCAAUAUAAGGAGCUCCUGGACGAAAGCAAAGACGAGACGCUCCGUUUCAUCCGUGAACUUCUCCAGAAAAAGUAUCCUCGUGUGAAGCCGGUGGUAACCCCUCGCUUUGCUGUGUCCUGCUCAUCCUCACUGCUUGAUGCUCUGGGAGAAAUCGCCAGGAGCAGUGGCCUUCAUAUUCAAAGCCACAUCAGCGAGAACAAGGAAGAAGUAGAACUGGUGAAGCAGCUCUUUCCAGACUGUUUAUCCUACACGGAUGUCUACCUCAAACAUGGCUUGCUCACAGAUAAGACGGUGAUGGCUCAUGGUUGCCACCUGACCGAUGAGGAACUGAAGAUCUUUCACAAGAAUGGUGCUUCAAUCUCCCACUGUCCUAGCAGCAACAUCUCUUUAAUGAGUGGCAUACUUAAUGUUCGUAAUGUUCAAAAACACAAAGUGAAGUUAGGCCUGGGCACAGAUGUAGCAGGGGGUUACUCCGCCUCCAUACUGGACGCAGUCCGUCGUGCCAUUGACACCUCCAAGGUCCUGACCAUUGAGCACCCUCAGCUGCGUCCCCUAACCUUUGAAGAAGUCUUCUGGCUGGCCACGCUCGGGGGCAGCGAGGCACUCUCAUUGGAUGAUCGGAUAGGAAAUUUUGAGGUGGGGAAGGACUUUGAUGCUCUGCGAGUGAACGUGUCUGUUCCUGGAGGGCCACUCGAUGUGUUUCCUGAAGAUGUCCUCAAGGUCAUUGUGGAGAAAUUUCUAAAUCUGGGUGACGAUCGGAACAUUGUUGAGGUGUACGUGGCUGGCAGAAAAGUGGUGCCUUUCUCGGGAAAGGAGUAAAAAUUUGAUCAUACCUUUCAGCAAGCCCAAGAACAUUCCAGAGAGUAACUGCAAUGUAGUGCAGUAAAAAAUUACUUUUAAAAAAGGUUUACUGAGCAACAAGACAUUUCAUGUGGAGGGCCCUCAUCUGCUGUGCAGGAAAUGUGAUUCACUGUACUUCACUGCAAUUUUUACUAGAUCGAUUUUAAUUUUCCCCAUUCUCUCUCUCCAUUUCUUUCUCUGAUAUUUGUUCAAUUUCUUAGUCAUAUAAACAUCCCUUUUUUUUUGUCUGUUGUUCAAUUGAAGUGUAUAACAUGUUAAGAAAUUAAAGCUAAAUGUAAGCCUCUUUU